UAAUUCAAUAAUUCGAACGGGCGAGACGUAGGAUUUCAUAUCCUCUGCGGUGAUCGUAAAGGUCUUGGAGAACCUGAAGAGAGCGAAAAAAACAUGCCGGCCGCCUCGUCGAUUUACUGGGACUCCGUAGACUCGCAGCGAUCCUCCGGAAGCUCCGCGGAUGCUUCCGGAAGCGGUAGACAUUACGUCGACCCUUGGGACCUGGAGAACUACGCGUACCUGAGGAGACACAGCGUCGCGACGCCCGUUCAAUCGACGCCGGUCGCGCCUCGACAUCGACAUCGACCCUCGUUAAGCGCGAGAACAGAGUCCGAGUACAGCUUCCUGCAGUCGAAGGCCAGGGAGCCGGGGUACAACGCACCUGCGACUGUCGAGGAGAUUCAUCUGGGAGUCUCCAGACAGAGCGCGCAUUAUUGCUAUCAGCCUAUCUACGAGGACGACUCGCCGAAUUACGCGACCUCGCCUCCUCUCUAUGCGCCUCUCUUCGCCGAUCUCGAGGCAGAAAACGAGAGCGGCGAAGAUCAGCGGACGAAGGAGAUGCUGCGCCUCAGGAGCAAGUUGACUAGGGUCAGGGAUCGCCAUGGGCCCAGGGAAGAAUGCAUUUACCACGGUUGUCCAGUCCUGGGCCCUUCGGAAGAUCUCCAGCCUCCAAAGACCGUAAGAGAUGAGGUAUCCAGGUUCACCGAUGUGGUACCUCCUUCUCAUCUGGGACUGAACACCUAUGGCCACCUUAAAAUCGAUUAUACGAACAGCUGGAACUCGUUGCACAGGAAGAUAUACAAGUGACCGGAGGAAGAAAUCUAUAAUCGU